AUGGCAGCGACCAACUCUGAAGUUAGCAGCGAGCAUCCGUUAAAAUUAAUACCGGAGCUUUGCGGCUUGAUGUAUGGCUUAGGAUGGGUCACCGGAACGGGCGGGGGAAUGUCAAUCCGGGAUGGCGAUGACAUAUACAUUGCUCCAUCGGGCGUACAAAAGGAGCGCAUCAAAUCGAAGGACCUAUUUGUGAUUGACAUAGAUGGCUCGCUGAAGAGUAGUCCGGGUGGUGGGCUUAAACAAAGCGAAUGCACGCCUCUCUUUCUGCAAGCGUACAAACACCGAAGUGCCGGAGCUGUCAUUCACACUCACUCCAUCAAUGCAGUUCUGGCCACCCUUGUCGCAGAAGGUAAUGAGCUACGUGUGAGCCACGAAGAAAUGAUCAAAGGCAUCAAGAAGGGAUCAUCAAACGAAAGCCACCGAUACGACGACACUCUGGUGGUGCCGAUCAUCGAGAACACGCCCUUUGAAAAGGAUCUGACCGCAGACCUCGAGCGUGCUAUUCUCGCUUAUCCAAACACCAACGCUGUGCUGGUCCGUCGACACGGCGUCUACGUCUGGGGGAAAACCUGGCAGCAGGCCAAAACUAUGACCGAGUGCUACGAUUAUCUCUUCGGUUACGUGGUGGAGCUGAAGCGCCUGGGAAUCGACGCCGUUCUAAAGUAA